AUAUAAUAUACUCCAAUAAGUCAAAAAUUUGAUACUUGUGUGGCAAGAUUGAAAUUCCAGAGGAAUAAGGGCACGUCUGAAAAUUCAAAAAGUGAAAUAAAUUAAAUUUAUAUAUAGCGAAAAGGUUCAGAGAGAGAGAGAGAGAGAGUAGGGUUUAAGAAGAGCAGAGAGGUAUUGAGGUCAGCCAUGGGGGACACAUCGUCCACGUCUUCCAAAAACCCUAGCUCCACCGCUACCAUGGAUCCUUCAAAUUCCUUGCAUCCAACGGGUUCAAUUGAUCAUCCGAAAAGUCCGGAAUCCAAGUUCGGAGAUCCACCUGCAGAUGCUGAGAUAUCGAGGACGCUGGAAAAUCCGGCUAAAGAGAUGGAUUCGGAAGGAUCGAACCGAGGAGCGGCCGGGGAUGAAGGCGGCGAAGGAGAGGAGGAGGAGGAAGAGGAAGGCGAAUGUGGUUUUUGUUUGUUUAUGAAAGGGGGUGGGUGUAAGGACGCGUUUAUAGAAUGGGAAAAGUGCGUGGAGGAAGGAGAGCAGAACAAAGAGGACAUCGUGGAGAAGUGUUUUCAGGCAACUGCUGCUCUGAAGAAGUGUAUGGAGGCCCACUCUGAUUACUACGCCCCGCUUUUGCAGGCUGAGAAGGCUGCUGAGGAGGAGGCUGUGAAACAAUUGGAGGAAGAGAAAGAAAGGUUGAAUAAUCAAGAAAAGGGAAGUGAAGCUUCUGAUGUUUCCGAGAAGAAGGAAUCCUCUUGAUCGAUUUUUGAGGUGUUAUUUGGAAGUAGUAGAGUGAGCAGGGUUUCUGAGUUAAUGUCAUGACUCAGUUUCUUAGCAUCUCUAGUGUAGCCUCGUAUCACUGCCUUUUUGGGUUCCCUGUUUGUAUUUGCUCUUCUUUUUUGGCACUCUGUUUUAAGUCA